GUGCCCUUCGACAACAAGAAGCUGGACGUCAGCUUCUUCGCGUUCCGUCCCACUGGUGUCUUCGCCGACGAGCUCAUCGAUGCCGUGAAGUACUUCUCCUUCCAUGCCGAGGAUCUCGGUUGCGUCUAUAGCUCAGUGUUGAGAAGCAUACAUGGCAAUAUGAUUGUAUGGUAUGGUGCAUGGUUAAGAAGGUCCCCCGAUAACAGAAAGAUGUUGAAUGAUGCUCUGCUAUCAGUGCUAGAAGAGGUAUCAACUAUGGGUGUUCUCCUUCAUCAUGGAUUCUUUGAGGCUUUCUUUGGGGAGUCCAAAGACGGCAGCUCGCUCGCCAAGUUCUCCUCCGGCGACACCAUCUUCCUGAGCGCCAUGGCGUCGACGCCUCGCGACGUCGCCGAUCUCUCCUACGCCUGCCUGGCCCUUCACAGGACUUUCUUCGCGAAGACCGAUGGGUUGUCCGCCGGCGUCCACCUCCGCUGCAACGACCAGCCGGUGGUGGCGGCGCUGAUGGUGUGGAAGUCCCUCCAUGCCUGCUACUCCUGGCUGCUCCGCUCCGACUACCGCAACACCAUCCUCCCCUACUUCAGCCACCUCUCUCAGGACGCCCAGUUUGAUGUCUUCAAGGUGGUGUACGUCAACCGCGACGAGAUCCUAAACGUCAGUCCAUUUCCCCCGCGAACGAUCGGAGGUGGAGAUGGCGAAGAAUAGUCGGAUCACUGACGAACAUCGUGCUGCGGAUUCUUCUACGCAUGGCGUGCGUGUAGUUAGGGUUGUAGCUAGUGAUUAUAUAUGGCUUCCUACCUCCUGUGCUUCUUCGACCUCAUCUUUGUGUGGAUUGAUUGCAAGCAACACUUGCCCAAGAAAACGAUCAGACACAGAAGCAAAGCACGCAAGACCAUAUCUCAGCAAGAAAGCUUUAGGUUUCCUCCCUGAAGCGGCUGAGAGAUUGAUAUGCCACUGGGUUUUAAGUGCACGCAUGGGUUCACCAAAUGAUUCUUAUGCUAUCCAUAUAUAUAUAUAUAUAUAUAUAUAUAUAUAUAUGAAAUCAAGAAAGAGAAGAGAAAGAAGCAAUGUUUAUUCCCCCCCAUGCAAUUUGAGAUCUGAUAACACAAGUUCUCUUGCUCAAGACAUGGAGGUAUCUUAGGUCCAUCUUUAUUGAUGAUAACCAUUGCCUUUCUGAGCACCUUGUGGUCAUCUAAUCAAUGAUCUCUUCUCAUAUCAUCCAUGAUUUCCUAAACUAAUCUUUGUCAAGCCAAUAAU